UUGCGCUUCCCAUCGCCCAGACGAUUUCAGGUUACUCCACAUGUUGGUCACAAGUAUGCUGUCGUCAAACUCUAUCCAGGCAUAGAUGAAACAAUUUUUGGGAAAUUGCUGAAUGGUCUCGGACUUGAAGUCUUUUAUACAAAUGAUUUGAAUUGCAAUCAGACGGAAGAAGAAGAAGUCCCGUGGAGCUGCACAGAGAAUCAGGACGCUGUGAUCGCUCCAUCAGUUCCUCCAAUUGCUCAGACAUGGAACGAUGAGCUUGCUAUUCGUGAAUGGAUGACGCUCAUCGAGUUUAUUGAAAAGAAUGUGAGUGUGGACCUGAAUUUGAACAAUCCUGGGCCUUCGUUGAAUGAUGCCUCAGUGCAAACCAGUGAACCAGAAACUGUCACUCCAAGUGCGGAAGAUGAUGCUCCGAAAACUAUAACGUGCAUGUUGUGUCAGGAAGAAGUGCCGAGAGAUAAGUACGGACAUUAUACCGCAUAA